GGGUGAGUGGGGUUGGAGGGCUGAGCUGCUGUGUAGCAAAAAACAAUGUAAAGUUAGUCGGAAGUUUGCGUUUGCGAAGACAGCGGCAAGGGCGAGGUGGCUGCAGGUAGUCCUAGUGUCCUGUUUUAUAGAAGGGCAUAUUGCUUUUUUAAUUUCAGCCUGUUCCCUGUCAGGAACGCGAGCUGUUCUUUCGAGGCGUAGCUGAAUAGUACAUUGCAGCAGGAGUGUCGACAACGAAGAUACAAGAAAUGAGCGGAAGGGAAGACGAGUACGACUACCUCUUCAAAAUUGUUUUAAUUGGCGACUCUGGUGUUGGGAAAAGCAACCUGCUGUCACGGUUCACCAGAAAUGAGUUUAACCUAGAAAGCAAGAGCACAAUUGGUGUGGAGUUUGCCACUCGCAGCAUCCGAGUAGAGGGAAAAACUGUGAAGGCACAGAUUUGGGACACAGCUGGGCAGGAGCGCUACCGAGCUAUCACUUCUGCAUACUACCGAGGUGCAGUUGGUGCAUUGUUAGUGUAUGACAUUGCGAAGCAUCUUACAUAUGAGAAUGCAGAGCGAUGGCUGCAGGAGCUUCGAGACCAUGCUGACAGCAACAUAGUCAUAAUGCUUGUGGGUAACAAGAGUGACCUACGUCACUUGCGUGCAGUGCCGACUGAUGAAGCAAAAGCUUUUGCAGAAAAAAAUGGACUAUCCUUUAUUGAGACCUCUGCACUGGACUCGUCAAAUGUUGAAACUGCCUUUCAGACAAUUUUAACGGAGAUCUACCGAAUUGUUUCACAGAGACAGAUUAUGGGUAAGAGCGACCCAGACUUCCCUCCCAGCAGUAACGUGGUUCCCAUUACUGUGCCUCCUACCAGCCCCUCAAACAAGCAAACUGGAUGCUGCCAGAGCAUGUGAAAAAGACGAAUAUUGAAGCAGUUGCUGUCCUGGUUUUCCAUAGCAUAAAACAAACCGAUUUCAUCCAGAACUAUUGGAUCUUGCAGCCCCUGGUUUGAUGUUCAGUUUAAGAUGUUAACUAAUGAAUUUUUUUAUUCUCUCUCUGGCACUAUGAAGAGCGCUGGUGUUACAAAUACUGAGCAUUGCUCACUUGUACAAUUCUGGGUAGCAUUGGGUUUGUCUCUUGAUAAAUUACUUGUGUAUCAAAGGCAAUUCCUCCUGAUCUUCAGUGCCUCCGUGUCAUAGUUUUGUUUGUUUUGUUUCCUUCGUAUCUUUGUUUUUAACUCCCCAGGCAAGCCAAAGUUGUCCAAUAAUAUAAACAGACAUUUUAAUGAAUGAGAUUGAAAGCAGAAAAUGCUUGUCUUGGAUUUCGUUAAUGUUUAACUGCUUAGGGAACCUGAGAAGUAUAUUCUGUUUUUGUGAAUAUCUCGGGAUUUACACGGUUUAUAACGCAUAAGGGCCUCCUGUUUCUGUCUUAAACUGUAAAAAUCCCAAAUAGCAUGUCAAGUGUUGGGUGUGCCUGUGUUCUGUAGUCCUGAAGUAAUUUCUUACAUCAGAUAAUUGAUUUUUUUGCUGUGCUGUAAAAGAAUUCAAACACUUUUUAAUAUUGAGAUAACGUCCAGUUGAUUUGGAAUAUAUGAAUUGUUUCCCCCCCCAGAAUCUGUUUGGUGUGCAGCAGCUCAAACUUAACACCUCAGCAUAUAAGGGUCUUUUCAGUAUCAUAGGGGCCUGUGGAAAAUGUGUUUUUUUGUUAACUUUAAGUUCUUGUCAUUUUAAGUCAAUGGAUGUAUGUGGCGUCUUUCUUUGUAUUGUUAUUUUUUUUUUUGUGUUUUCCAAGUAUCUGCUUUAACUCGUCCACUAAAAUUCUUCACUGCAGUGACAUCUGUAACCUUGUGCCUGAAGUGAGCUGAAACGUGAACUACUGUGUUGCACUUUACCUGAAUGGCUAAAGUAGGUGCGACAUGUGGGUAUCUUUAAAUACGGUGUGCAAUAUGUCUAAAGCAGUCAGGCGGCAACAAAC